AUGAUGUCGACCGACGCUGUCAGCGCUCCUGUCCCGGAGCCUGCAACUGUGCCGGCGCAAUCGACCACGACUGCCGACCACGACCAGGAGGAACCUGCGCUUGGUCAGAUAGAAUGUGCGAAGCCCGCCUUCCUCCACUCCCCUCCUGACAGCAACAACGCGCACAAGUCGGAAGCUAGCGAUUCUGAGCUCAGCGACCUCGAUGAGGAUGACGUUGAUCCUUCUGCGAACGCGACCGCGAAACAAGAUGAGCCGCCUGUCGAGGACGACAUUGGCGAGGUCCUUCCCGACCACUGGUCUGGGACCGUCCCUAUCUUCAAGCCGACGAUGCACCAAUUCAAAGACUUCAAGUUAUUCAUGACCAAGGUCGAUAAAUUCGGAAUGAAAUCCGGCAUCGUUAAGAUUAUCCCUCCGUCGGAGUGGAAGGAAUCCCUUCCGAGACUGGACGACCUCGUGAAACAGAUCAGGGUUAGGGAACCAAUCAAGCAAGACAUCAUGGGAUCAAAUGGAACCUACCGCCAAGUCAACAUCCUUCAUCAACGAUCCUACAACCUCCCGCAGUGGCGACAACUCUGCGAUCAGAGCGAGCAUCAGCCCCCCGCAAGGCGAGGCGAGCGCCGAGCGAACGUCGAAAAGCCGAAACCCCGAUCCGCCCCUAGACCUCGCGCAGAGGCGAAAUCGACUGCGUCUGGUUCUAAGAAGAAGGGCCGAGGUCGCCCGCGCCGCGGCAAAGCCAAAGCCAAGGGUCAGGACGAGGACGAGGAGGAUGACGCUCAAGACGACGAAAAGCGCCCGAUGACCCCAGUAUCACCCAACCCGGACGCCGAUGUCGAGGUUAAAAAGGAGGAAGUUGUCGAUUCAGUGGAGGAUCCGGGAAUGGAUGUGGACGAAGACGAGGAGCCGCGCAGUUUGGGCAGAAUGGGCCGCAUGGGUGGCGCAAGGCCCGCGAAGCCAAAGACUCAGACUGUCUCGGCUCGUCGGAAGUAUAGUAAGAGAGAAGGCUCAGCCAUGAUUGAUGAAAAGGCAUUCGAGGACUUCGACUAUCAGAUGGACGUGUCUGACUACACCCCGGAGCGCUGCGAGGAGCUCGAGAGGAUAUACUGGAAGACCCUUACCUACGCCCCGCCGCUGUACGGGGCUGAUCUCAUGGGCACCCUCUUUCACGAGUCAACGGAACUCUGGAACUUGAACAAGCUUCCCAACUUGUUGGAUGUUCUCGGCACAAAGGUCCCCGGUGUCAACACGGCCUACCUCUACUUGGGCAUGUGGAAGGCCACGUUCGCUUGGCAUUUAGAGGACGUCGACCUCUACAGCAUCAACUACCUCCACUUCGGUGCCCCGAAACAGUGGUACAGCAUCUCUCAAGCCGAUGCCCGUCGAUUUGAAGCUGCCAUGAAGAACAUUUGGCCUACCGAUGCCAAGGCUUGCGACCAGUUCCUCCGUCACAAGGGUUUCUUGAUUUCCCCAUCGCACCUGAAGCAGCACUACAACAUCACGGUCAAUAAGUGCGUCUCGUACCCAGGCGAAUUCGUCGUCACAUAUCCUUACGGCUACCAUUCGGGCUAUAAUCUGGGUUAUAACUGCGCCGAGGCCGUCAACUUCGCGCUUGAUUCGUGGCUACCCAUGGGUAAGAUCGCCAAGCGUUGCGAAUGUGCACAAGCACAGGACAGUGUCUGGGUCGAUGUGUACGAUAUUGAACGGAAGCUCCGCGGCGAGCCCACUCCCGAGUACGAAGAGACCGAAGACGAAGACGACGACGAAGAUGAGGAUGAGGACGAGGACGAUGCUACCGGCCUUCCGUCACCGCCUGAUAGCAACGGUGUUGUCAAGCCGGCUCGGAAGCGGAAGCGUGCAGCUGGAGACAAGGACGGCAAGACAAAGGUCAAGAAAAUCCGCCUCAAGAUCAAAACGCGCGCCGAGCCAAUUUGCUGCCUAUGUCCCAGCGACAUCCCUGGCGCGGAAAUUCUGCCGACGGACGAUGGUCGGAAGGCCCAUCGCAUGUGCGCACUCUACCUUCCCGAGACGUACAUCGACACGAUCGACGACAAGGAGAUUAUUGCCAACAUUGCCAACAUCAACAAGGAACGCCUGGACCUCAAGUGUCUGUACUGUCGGUCCAAGAAGGGCGCCUGCUUCCAGUGCUCCCAGAAGAAGUGUGCCCGAGCCUACCACGCGACUUGCGCGGCGGCGGCAGGUGUCUUUGUCGAAGAAGCCGAAGUUCCGGUCUUUGGCGAGGACGGAACCGAGUACAAGGAACAAGCAUUUGAAUUCAGCUGUCGCUUCCACCGCACCAAGCGUGACAGGAAGUAUGACGGAGAUGCCCUGGAAGAUGACACCCGUAUCCGCGAGGCGGCCGCAGCGCUCAAUAAGGGCGAGAUCUGUCAGCUGCAGUACUUCAAGGGCGACAUUUUUGCCGGAGUAGUCGUAGAGAACCGCUCGGAAGAGCAGACGCUGCUUCUCGACAUCAUCCCCAACGGGUACGCUUCUUCCACUGUUUCGAACGUAUUGGGGCUAACACGAACCAGCGAUCGUCUCGAGGUUGAGUGGAAAUGGCUGCUGCUGCCUGAUCCAUCCGACUACCACCUCCCGAAGGCAUCGGCGAGGGCUAUCUCGAUGCCGUCUUCGCAGAAAGCCAAGGACCAGCUCAACGCGAAGCGUCCUGCUGACGAGACACCCCGGAAAGACGCUCCGUUCGUUGAAGGCUUCACAUGGGCAGAAUUCCACCCAUGUAACGAGUGUGUCAACCCGAAUCAAGCCAAGGUUAAUUUGUCGAAAGACAACCAACUCUGGCACUACCUGGGUAAGACAUCGACAGAGGCGAAGGCACAGUACUCCGAGGAGCCUAGCAGAGAGUUGCACAACCCAAAGAGUAACUUCCUCGACACCAUUCCCAAGCCCCCCAAGCCUGUGUCUGCAAGCACGGCACACCGCAGGGUGUCAAAUCUCUCGCCUCAGCAGUCACCCAUGUUUGUGCCGGGCCCGACCACUCAGAUUGGGCCGAAGUCAGAGAAACCAUACGUGUACAAGCCCAGAAAGCCUGUUGAAACCAAUUAUGCUGGCACGGGAUCCUUCACUAUACAAAGAUUUGCGCCCACGGCCUCACCAGCUCCAAGCCCGAUGGGUCAGCAGCUGCAUUUCGGUUCGGAUCCGCGACAUCCAACAACAGGAGCCCAAUUUGCCCAGCAAAGGUCUACGCCCGAUUCUCAUCAGCAACACGCCCCUCGUAUCAGUCCUUCCGGGCAAGGCUACUACCAGAGUUCGAACGCGGUACAGCGGGCCAGUCCGUACAGCACACCGGGCUCGCAAUCGGCGGGCGGCGGGCAGCCAGCGCAGCAAACGUGGGCGACGCCGUCGCAGAACCCCAAGCCGCUACUACCACAUGUCAAUUCCUAUGGCUCAAGCCAGCAAACCCACCGCAGAUACUCGGUUGCACACACGCCUUCCGUUGCUAUGAAGUAUGCAUUCUUCCAAGUACACCACAACAGGUCAGAACCCCCCCCCCUCUGUCGUGUUCUUAACGUUACUUACGCCAUUCCCAGAGACUCGAAGACGUACCGAACCCCAUACGCGCCGUGGGGAGGCUUCACCAACGGGUAUGAAGGAAAUCUGAGAGCUCACCUUAUGCGGACGUCUCCAGAAGUGUUCUUCAAGAACCGACAAGGCUCUGUCCAGGGCGGCACUCCGACGUCAAACCCGCCUGCUGGUCCACAAGCACCGGGCUAUGGUGGUCCGUACUACAAUACACUGACAAACACAAUAUCGCAAGGCUCUAUCGGCAUGUACGGUGUAAAGACAACGACUCCUUCGCACUCGUCACCUGCACAACAGGCGCCGCAGGACAACGCAGGGCGGCAAUAUCCUGCAUCAAUGUCCCCAUCUCCCGCAGCGAACGGCCCACAGCUCAUGCCUAAUUACCAUGGAAAUGGCUGGCAUAUGCAGCAGCCGCAGUCGACGCCGCUGCAUCCAGCAAUUCGGCCACAGUACGGGGCUUGGCCAAACCAACCAAACCAGCCGCAACAGCCUGCGCAGUCUCCGUCUCAAGCGGCGCAGCAACAGUUCUCGCAGCCGUCUUCGCAACAGCAGACGACGCAACAACCCGUUGCUAGUCAGUCUCAGCAGAGCCAGGCGAAAACUCAGCCCGUAGCAAAGCCUGCUGCGCCGAAGGUUCAGUAUAAGAUCCCCGAGAAGCAAACGCCGGUUCCCUUGCCAGCCAAAUACCUUGCGGCCAUGGGCAAGCUGCCCUCGACAACUACAACUUCCCGGGCCAGCUCACAGUCUGGCGCGAAGUCGCAGGGUACCGCCUCAGCCUCUGGUUCGGCCGACGUCACAAACCGAAUCGCCCCGGCUAUCGACGCCCAUGCUUCGCGGACUGAAAGUAGCGCUCUUCCGCACUCGCCGACAAACUCGAAUGGUCCUAGGGCGCAGGCGGCGCCUCGGGCCUCUCAGACCCCCGUGCCCGUGCCGCAUGCCCCGGCGCCGGCUUCUAACUCUCGGAUGCCGUUCACGAACCAGUCUUCGACUGUGGCAUUUCCUCGACAGUCUUUUCAGCCUAUUCAAUCCACUCCGCAUCACACCCAAGUCUGCACAGCACCUUCGUCUCAGCACCUCUCGCAACCGAUGAACCAGCCCCGGGCUGAGCAUCACACUCUGAACCCGGCAGAGAUUCUCGCACAGAUUGCCACGCAGCCACGAAUGAAUCCGCCUACGCCUACGACCCCCUCGCACCAGUCUAUGCCGUCACCAGUAUCGCAGGCCGCCGCUGUGCCGCCCUAUCAGCACCACGGUUCGAGUUGGGGGGUUAUGCAGCAGGGGCAGCAGUCACAGGGGCAGCAGUCACAGGGUUACGCGUCUACGCCAGGACAAUAUUCGCAAUCGGCAACGCACCAUCACUAUCAACCACAGCAUCAACUCCAUCAUCCGUACCAGGGUCAGGUUCAGCACCAGCACCAGCAUCAGUAUCAACCGCCGCAGCACCAGCAUCAGACUCAACCGGGACCCAUGCAGAGCGGAACGCCGCACUGCCCACCUCCGCAAGUCGCUGGAGGGGAGGUACCUCUCCCGGAAGUUCCGGCGGAUUCGACGGCGCUCGUGGAGAGAAUGAUGCAGAACCUGCGCCGCGCCGCAUUCCAAGGUUGA